ACCACUUAUUCUGGUGUAACAAGUGUGAUUGAAACUAUUGGGGUUUCAAGCUAAAUUUUAAAGUGGUUAUUAUUUAAGUGUUUGGGGAAUCUUUUGGUUAUUUAUUUUAGUAUAUUCGUAAAUAUUGAAUUUUGGGGAAAGCUUUUAUAUUCUAUUUGCCAAAUUCUUUUAUUCAAUUAAACAAGGGCGUUACCCUAUUUUUGCUAGACUAAAAAACAUCUCUGGGUCUCAUUAUUUCUAAAUAUUUUAUUGUCAAAAGGUUUUAUAACUCAUUAGGUGCACCUUAGUGGUAUCCACCUGAACUACACCGAACCCAAGCACCCCCAUUCUCACGUAAGUAACUCACAGAGCACCGCUGGGAUACAUUUAGUUCAUAAGUAGUUUUAGCAGCUCUAACUUUAGUUUGACCCAGAGAUUUAAAUAGUUUGUUUAAAAAGUAGGCCUAGUUUGGAAACAAAACAGUAGUUAACCUACAUGUAAAAUCACAUUAAAGAUUACCUAUUGUGAAAACUCUAAAACUGCCAGAUUAGAGUUUUACUAAGCAUCCUAAAUCAAGAAAACACAGAUUAAGCUUUAUCUGUGUUAAAAUACAACCAAAACCUACCAAAUUUAGUUCUGACAAGUGAUCACUGUACGCGCACAACCCGUGGGGAUGGCUCAGUUGAAGAACUGGUGUGUUGGAGAAGGCAUAGACCCGGUGAAAGCCUUGUUGGUUAAAGAUGUACCUCCGGAAACUGAAGUUGGGUUCAUUGAAGAAACGCUGCAGACUGUCAAAGCACUUGGGAGAGUCAAGGUGAGAGGAAGAAUGUAUGACCCUCAGUCUCAAAGUUUAACCGUGCUAUGUGAGUGCAGGGAGAAGGUGAAUACAAAGGCCAUUCCUCUUGAUGUUGUUCCUGAGGGGUUUGCUAUGACCUGGAGAAUCUUUGGACCUUCUGAGCGGGAGGAAGAACCCCAAGCUCAGGCAGCCGGUGAUGGUCACAAUGUCCCACUGCCAGAUUCCAGUUUUUUCUCCCCAUUUCAAGCAUCCACUCCUGAAGCUAUCAUUCGAGCAGUUGGUGAUGUCCUGCAAAUGACAAGUAAGCACACACAUGGUGACAACAAUCUUUUCAGAAGACUGCGCACUUUCUCAGGGGUCAUGCCCACACCCCCAGGAGAAGAACAGUUGGAAAACUGGGUUGAACAAGCCAGACUUAUGAUUGAAGAAUAUGAUCGCCCUGAAAGAGAAAAGAAAAUGAGAAUAAUGGAAAGUGUAAAGGGUCCUGCACUCGAAAUCCUCCAAGCUGUCCGUUUCAACAACCCAUCUGCAUCCUCUAUGGACUACAUUGACAUUCUCGAGACCACUUUUGGCAACCCCGAGAGCGGUGAAGAACUUUACUUUGCCUUCAGAAUGUUGUGUCAACACUCCAACGAGAAACUCUCUGAGUUCCUGAGACGCCUUGAGAGAGUCCUAAAUAAAGUUGUCCAAAAGGGUGGACUCCAGUCAUCGGCGGCAGACAAAGCACGUCUUGACCAACUCAUUAAAGGGGCCAUCAGGUCUGACAUUAUGAUACUAAAUCUCAGAUUAAGAGACCGCAGAGACAGUCCUCCCACUUUUCUCGAGCUGCUGAAUGAGAUACGCCUGGAGGAGGAGCAUGAAGUUUCACGUCGCAGACUCCAUCCACCCAAAGCCGUCUACGCCAAAAGUGCUACUGUGACCUCUGACAUAGAGUUAAAAGAUUUGAAAGCCGAAAUACACCAACUCCGAGCACAAGUAAGUGAACUCUCUGCCCCCACCGCCAUGUCAAGUCACCUUUCGACGAGCACACUGUUUUCGGUCACUCCGACGGCAGAGAACCCAGAAGACAAGAACGUUCAAGCUUUAAAGAAAGAAGUUGUCAAACUCCGAAAGCAAGUCUCUGUCAUGUCAGUCAAGCCUAAGUAUAGUUCUGCUACUGAGCCCUGCCCACAAGAGACCCAGUCACGAUCCUGGCAGCCAAGACCUUCUACAGCCAGAGACCCAAUUGAUUUUUUUUGCUAUCGCUGCGGUGAAGACGGGCAUUUUGCCAACAAGUGUGCUUCUCCCGAAAACUAUCAUAAAGUUAUUCAGAAACUGCUGCAAGCUCAAAGAAAGUCCAAGCAGAACCGCAAAUCUGAUAACGAAGCAAGAACCAAGACCACAAAUGCAAGUGUCAAGAGAAGCUCGGUAAAUGCACAGACCAACAGUUUGCCCGAGGGACUCGUGGGACCGCCCUCCACUGCUCAGGUCAGGAUCAAUGGCAACCCCUGCACUGCGCUGAUGGACAGUGGAUCUCAAGUUACCAUCAUCUUCGACAGCUGGUAUGCCAAACACCUGUCACACAUCCAGUUAAACUCGGUGACCGGUCUAGCCAUAUGGGGCCUAAGUGAGUCAGAGAGCAGUUACCCGUAUAAAGGUUACAUACAGAUUGAGUUGGAGCUGCCACAAAAACCUAAGUCCAACAAAGUCAAGUCUGUUCCUGUUCUGGCCCUGGUGUGCCCUGAUCCACGUUGCUCCGAGACUAUACCUGUCCUGAUCGGCACAAACGUCAGGGGGGUUCAGCCUUUCAAGUCCCAGCCUAAAAAGAAAGAAGACCUGGAGAAUGUCAACUCGGUCAAAAUCCAAGUUCAAGAGAAAAAACAUUUACCCGUUUAUGUAGGGAUGUCCAUAAAAGGCAACAAAGACGUGCCUGUGGCUGAAGUAAAGUGGUCUGGGCCUGGUCCUCUCAGGCAUCCCUCCUGGCACUGA